AUUUCCCACUCUCUCAACGGCAGAGAACUACAGGUAUUGGAAGGACCGGGGCAUCGAUCGCUUGAUGCCUCGCGUAUUUCCGAUCAAGUUGCCCGAGUGGAGAAAAUUGGAUCCUAGAUUCAGGGAGUAUCUUUUCUUCCUUCAUUCGUUGGAUCCCGCGAGGUUCACUAUCAGUCGAAUAGCAGAGAGAUAUGGUCUCCGGGAGAGGGAUGUUCGAGUGGCGAUCAAACGCUAUGGUGCUGGAUACUACCUCUGCCGGACUGGCUUGACAAAGCUGAAGGAUAAACAAGAAGAUCGGACUGAGAAAAUUGAACUGGCGAAAGAGCAAAAUUUUGCUAAACACGUUGGAUACGAUGUGGUUGGUCACCAAGGUCACGAUCCGGAGUCUGACGACGAGUUCGAAGGAUGGAGGAGUCUCAAGGACUGGGUCCGUCAGCAGUCAGUAGAGGUGGGGAGUAUGUCGGCUUUCCCGAUGCCGGCAAAGAGAGAUCCUCUGCCUAAGCGAGUGGACAUCGAUAUGGUGGUCCACAAUGAUAGUGAGUGUCAAAUUAUCAACUGGAUAGAUCCACAUGACAAAGUGACUUUCUGA